AAAAAUAAAAAUGAAAAUAAAAUAUGCACUAAAUAUACAGAUUUCUCAACAUUUCUUUUAGAAAAAGCCCUCUCCUGCUCUUCUGCUUUUUUCAUUCUCAAGCUCUAAAUUUUCUUUCCUUUCUCUCCUUUGCCUCUGAAUUUUUCCGUAUUUAUUGAAGUUGUAUGGAAUUUUAGUACAAAAUGUCGGGAUCUGAGACAGGGGUGAUGACGAGCAGAGAGCCCUUUACGAUGGGCAUGCAACAGAAAAGUCCGGUGCCGUCACAGCCGGUGAUACAGAACAUGCGUCUAGCGUUCAGCGCAGAUGGGGCUCCCGUCUACAAGCCUUUGACCCCCACCUCCCCAACCUACCAACCCACCUCGGGCAACGGCGGAGUAGAGGGGUCCUCCGGUGGGGUUGCGGCUUCCAUGAACAUGGUAAGCGAGCCAAUCACGAAGAAGAGAGGGAGGCCUAGGAAAUAUGGACCAGAUGGCACCAUGUCAUUAGGUCUGAUCCCUGGGCCUUCAUCUGUUUCCAUACCUCAAUCUAGUAAUGCAGGCUUCUCUUCUCCUCCUGCUUCUGGAUCCGCCGCUCCUCCUGCUUCUGGAGGUUCAGCCUCUUCACCAACUUCCGUGAAGAAAGCCAGAGGGAGACCUCCUGGUUCUAGCAAAAAGCAUCAAAUUGAAGGGUCUGCUGGGGUCGGAUUUAUGCCUCAUGUCAUCACUGUCAAAGCUGGAGAGGAUGUAUCAUCAAAAAUUAUGUCCUUCUCUCAGCAUGGGCCAAGGGCUGUUUGCAUCCUUUCAGCAAAUGGAGCCAUAUCAAAUGUCACUCUUCGCCAACCAGCCACAUCUGGGGGAACUGUUACUUAUGAGGUUUUCAUAUCCUGAUAACUAUUUCAUUGAUUCAGUCUCCUAUGUAGAGCUUGGCGACCUAUGGUUUUGGCCAUAUAUAUAUAUAUAUAUAUGGCUUUUGUAACCCUACUACCCUACAUUUCUCAGCAAUUUAGGGUUUCACAGUUUUAUUGGGAGUUUUCUUUGUUAAUAUUUAAAACAACAGUUUGUUAGGUUUAUUAAUAUUUGUUGUUAUUUGUUGGGAAGGUGAUGGUGUCUGAAUUCUCAUGUUUUAUGGAUUGGAUUCCAUUUCUUUCUUCAUUGUGUGAUCAGUGAUAUUAUUAUC